AAAUGUAAACUAGACGUUGGCAAAAGAAGACGUUAAGAAGCAACUAAACGGAAUAAAAAAUUUAAACAUAAAUAAAAAAAAGUUUACCCAGUUUAACUUUAAAGCGUUGAAAUGUUUAGUUAAAAUUUAUUGAAAAGAAAAAAAAUACUGUUUAUAUUAAAUUGUGUAACGAUCAAUCAAUUCGAAACCUAACGUUUACCAAAACAACAAAAAAAAAGUAAAAGUGUUAAAAGAUAAAUAUAGAAAAAAAAAAAAUAUAUUAAAAACAAAAUAUCGCAACAAAAGAAAGAAAAAUGUUUUAUUUAAAACUAUCAAUAAGUGGUUUAUUUAUUAUAACCUUUUAUGGUUUGUUAAUGUGCAGUGCUGAAAAUAUUAAUAAGCAAUUAGCGGUACAAGAAAAUAACGAGCAAUUAAAUACAACUUUUCAAGAAUUAGUGAAAAAUGUUACGAAUUCAAGAACGGGUCGCACUUUAUUGCCGCAUCCUAGAACGCCUACGUUUACGCUGAGACGCAGGCAACCAAUUAAAAUACGUGCGAGGGCGGAUCAUUUCCCUAUACGUACCCAAAUACGUCGUGUACACAAUGGUGUGCAGCCUCAGCAAAACAUGCGUUUUGGUUAUGACUCCUUGAAGAGUUCCAAAUAUGCCCCCUCCUCUAAGGGGGCCAAUCCAGCAUUUUUAAAUAAUGGCAAAGGAUCUGCCUAUAGACCACAAUUAGCGGGAGCUCAUCCCAAUUCCGUGCAUGUACCAGCUUUAUCACAACAAUAUAUACACAAUUUCAAAGCCUCACCCGCUUUCAAUGGUCAAGUGGUGGUACAUCCUGUAACCCAAACUCAAAACCAAAAACCCAACACAGCACAACAGGAUAAUAUCUAUCCCAAAUAUGUUAAGCCCCAGCAGCAAUUGACACAAACAGCAGCAACUCAAAACCAACAACAAAAACAACCUCAACAAACGCUGACCCAAUACCCCGAUUUCAAACAAUAUCCCAUACCCGAUCAGGAGAAAAUGCAACAAUACAAUGAGCAACAUGAAAAAUAUUUGCAACAACAGAAAUAUCUAACACCCAAAAACCCCAUAGCCUACUAUCAACUGCAACACACCCAACAACAGCAAGAAUUACAAGCACAACAACAGCAGCAGCUAAAUUAUGGAGUUCAACAACCUCAACAGUAUUUGCCACAAUCACAACAACAACAGCCUUCCAUACCCAUACAUGAAAGUCCGCAAUCGAACAACAUGAAUAACGUAGCCUUUCCCGCAGCGGCCUCAGUGCCACCAAAAAUGUAUUCGGUUUAUGAAGAAAACGACAUGACAGAAUUGCAAAAUAACAAUUAUCAAACUGCCACAUAUCAAGGAUUGGACAAAGAAGCUCAGGAAUAUUUACGUUUUAUGAAUACCAAUGAAUAUUUUCUGCCCAAAAAAGAUCCCAAUUACAAGCAGAUAGAUGAGGAAACCGAUAAACGCCAGUACAAUGUUUUAAAGGCUCAACAGCAGCAACAUUUGCAUUCUCUGCAGCAAACACAACAACCCACACCUUAUCAGCAAACACAACCACAGCAGACACCAUACCAACAGGCUCUACAGCAACAGCAGCCAAGUUAUGCAUCCUCCUCCUCUUCUUCCGCUGCUUUAGCCAGCACCCAAUAUUCUAAUAAUCCUUAUUCCGACCUCUCCGAUGCCUCUUCCUACAAUCUGGCAGCAAAUCCUGUUUCCCAGUUCUUCUAUCAAACACAUGAUCCCUCUACAGCAGCUUCCUCCACCGUCGUACGCACUAGCUAUCAAACUGGUUAUAAUCAAAAUCAAUUUGUGGUCAAUUCUCAAGAUAAUAAAGUUUCCAAAUACUCCUUACCAAUUGUCUCUACACCCAGUUCUAUUGUGAUAUCUACCCAGAAACCUCAUGUUUAUGCUCAAUUAAGACAUAAUUCAGCGGGAAAUCGCACGCCUGAACCUUUACGUUUUGAAUUUACCGAACGUGAUGCUAUGGUGGGAGGUGUUGCCUACACUCAUGCUCCACAAGUACAAUUAAGAUAUAAUUCUUUGGCCUCGAAUAGUGUAACGCCCAGUGUCGAAAGUUCAACAGUUAGUUCGUUGGGUUCAAAGUUGAUUAGUAAACAUCCGGUUAAACCGAUAGCGGAAGAUAAUGAUGAUGAUCCGGAGGAUGGUGAUGAUAUGCAAGAAGCAGGAACAAAUCUAUAUGGCCGACAACCAGUUGUAAGUAGUGAAUCAAAUAAAUCCACCACUACAACAGAGGCGCCUCCCAGUGAACAAAAAGACACCGAAGAGUAUUGUGAGCGCAUCUGUGCAAUAGUUGAAGAUGAAAAUGAAGAAAUUGUUUGCGGUUCAGAUGGUUAUAUGUACACGAGUGAGGCACAAAUGGAAUGUUAUGCAUCAUGUUUGCAUAUUGAUGUAACGAUACAAGGAAAGGGCUCUUGUUCAACGCGAUAAGCCAUCCUGUUUAAUAUGUAUUUGAUAUUUUAACUCAAUUAGUAAAAUAAUUAAUUUAUUUUUUUUUAGUUUUAGUUUUAUACGAAAAUGAUAACUGUUAACUAUUAAGGCAUUCGAAAUGAACGUGAAAAUAAUAAAAAUGUGAAAUAUUUUUAAUUGUA